GGUGGAGAAGGUGAAGAUGAUGACACUGAAACUCGUAACGUAAACCCUGGAAUAAAUUGUGAAGGGAAAAGUCUUUUUGAACGAGUUAAUGAAGAGACACAAUUGAUCUUUACGUAUGCCAUAACAAAAAAUGGUGAAACUCGCUCUUCAUUUUAAGGCAGAACUUGAAAACGUGACGGAGGUUGGUCCAGGUGACGAUGAUUAUGAGUGGCAUUUUAAGGUAAAAUGUACAAGUUGUAACGAGGAAAAUGACAACUGGGUUGGAGUGAACCGAUUGGCUCAAAAUGAGUUGCCAGGGUCGAGAGGAACUGCGAAUUUUCUAAUGCGUUGUAAAUUCUGCAAACGAGAAAGUUCAGCACAAUUUGACACAUCUCCAAUUAAGCCUUAUACUAUUGAAAAUAAUGGAAGUUUUGCUAAAAUGGCAAUCAUUGAAUGCAGAGGAAUAGAAUUAAUCGAUUUUGAACCUAGAGCUGGUUUUAAAGCUGUAGGUAUCAAAUCAGGAACUGUAUUCGAAGAUAUUGAUCUUACUGAAGGUGAUUGGGCCGAAUAUGAUGAAAAGGGUGGUGUUCCCGUUGGGAUUUCGGAGAUAAAAUCUGAAUUUAGACGCGCAUAAAUAUUGAUGACUUAUUACACGUGCAAGAUUCAUUUGUAUAUAAUUAAAAUUUUUUAUAUUAUAAAAUUCUUAACAGUGAUUCUUUAAAAUAAUUCUUUAAAAAAAAGUCCUCCAUUCAACUCAAAAUGACUUUGCUUCGACUUAUCAAUUCUUUUUUGAAACUGAGAUCAGACAGUGUGAAUACAUAAUAUUUAAUAUUUGAUAACUUCAUUAAACAUAAAGUUUCAGUAUUAUUUUGUUCAUCAUAUCCCAUGUCUCAAAUAAGAAUAGAAAAGACAAUUAUCCACAAAGCACGCGAUCGAAUAUCAUUACAAAUUCUCAAUAAAAACAAUCAUACAACAU